GAAACAUUAUGGCGGACGCCUGCAGUCAUUUGGGCUUUUCAAAAAUCAUUUUCUAAGUUUAAUCGCGUGUUUAUAUUGAACUUUUUCGCAUAUUAUGGUGCAUUGUGUGUCUGAUUAACUGUUUAUUGUGAUUUUUGGAGGUUUCAUUGGAUAAAUAGUUCCAAAUGGCAUAUUUUAUCGAAGGGUUAUGGCUCAGUGUACGACCGUUAUAAAAGUAAAGGAGUUGGUAAGAACAGUACAAUAUUAUACUACAAGAACAAUUGAACAGUAUACUUGGUCUGAAGUGAAAUUAACUGAUAGUAACUUACAGAGUAGAGGUGUUAAAAUUAAAUUUCCCGAAGUGUACACUGUAAAUCUAAAUUUACACUAUUCCCCUCAUCGAUCACUCUCAGAUCGACUAACAGAGCAAAAGCUGGUAAACAGCCUUUACCUAAUGUCGGAUGAACAGGGUCAUCUCCACCCACACAUUCCAACAUGAAAACUAAGCAGGGGAAAGAGGAGUCAGAUAAGAGCCUUGAUGAAGACAUAGUAGUAGAACCCAAAACCCGUGCCCGCAAAAAAGCUUCAGAUGUCAUUGAAGAAGAAAAAAAUAAAACUAGCCAAGAUGAACCCAAAACAUCCAAAGACACUAAGAAGGCUAUCAUUAAGCCUAAAACUCUAAUGAAGAAACGGCCACUGGGUAUAAGAAAAACACUAAGAAGCAAAAAAGCUGCAAUUGUAAAAAACAAAGUAAAAACAGUCAUUAAACAAGCAGUAAAAAGAGGAAGGAAACCAGUAAUUAAAGUUGAACCUGAUAAUUCUCAAAAUAAAGAAACCGUCCCACUAAUACCUGUCUCUGAAAUUAAGAAAGAGCCCAUUGACGAUACUGCACCAAGCUCUAGAUCUUCUAGUCCAAAAACAGCUGGUCGCAGACAGAGACUGAGUUCUGACAUGAUCAUGAUGAAAUCUGUCCUUGCGGAUUCACCAAGUACUUUGGUUCUUGGUCCACGUACAAGCCCUUAUUCAAUGCGAUCAGAAAGAAGUAACAGUCCUUUACUUUCUGAAGGUAAAAACCUACGAAGUGGGAAGCCAAGAAAAGUUAAAAGUAACUUAUUGAAUGAAGUUGUAAUGAAGGAACAGAAAAAGCGGCGUCGGUUGCUUUCUGAUUCAAAGACAACUGAUGGCCCAGAAGCCUCUGAAGACUGUAAAAAAUUAAAAAGAGGACGGUCAAGUUCUCGGGAUGGUAGUGAAAUCUCAAAAUGCUCAGAUAUCACAGAGUCUGACAUCAGCCUGAAUGAACCACUUAAUGACACAGAUAGUAAGGAGCUCAACAAAAAAUUAGAUAAAUCCAAGACUGAUCUAGAUAUAGAUAUUGAAAAUAAUGUACAGAUCUCAACACCUGAAAAAGUGCCUUCUCUUAAUGUUGACUCCAACCUAGCUGAAACCAAACCAGAUCCAGAGCCUAGUUCUAAUACUAAUAGGAAAAGCAAGGGAAAAAGCUUGAGCUUAAAAAGAAGUACUUCAUUAGACUCUGACAACAAUAAUAGUAAUAGAUUAAAAAUAGAAAAUUCAUCUGAUAUAGAAGACAAAUUAUUAAUGAAGACUGAUACACUUUUUGAAGCUCGUAGUAGUAUACUAAAUAGUAUGUCCCAAACAUUUAACUCAAAAGAAAUGGCCAAAAAUAUACGGAAAGCAAGGAGAGGUAGGAAAGCAGCUGCUGCAACACAACCAAAUCCUAGUCUUGUAGCUAAAAGCUGUACAACUAACACAAUUACUAGUGACUCAACAGAGGAUAAACAAGAAACACUGGAAACAUUAUCAAAAGAGAUUGAUGAGCUCAUUAAUGAUCUUGACCAAAAUAUAGACCGUGACCAUGAAAUGUCAAACGUUCCAAAUAGUGCAGAAAACACAGAGCAAAUGCAAACUAAAACAGUUUCUAAAUUUUAUUCUUUAUCUAAGCCUUUGGGUGACAAUAAUAGCAUUGUGACUCCUGACACACCUUUAAAAGAUAAAGAAAUUGUUACAUCUGUAACUAAUGAAAGUACACCUUCUAAGACUGAUGAUAGUGAAAACAUAAGGCUUCAUUAUGAAGAAGAUUCGGUUGAUAAGACCAAUAGUGGAUCCAAGAGUGAAAUAGCAUACAAAUGUAACUCUGUAGCUAGUAUAGAUAAGCUGAUGGACAGACUGAAAGAAUUUGAAGAAUUUGAUAAGAGGCGUCAAAGGCAGGAGUCAGAAUCAAAGUCAAGUGAUGGUAAACCUGUGAUGGUUACUAGUGAUGUUGUUUUGAUUCCUAAAUCUGGAGCUGAAAUUAAACCACUGAAAGAUAUACAAUCUGUUAGAUCACCAGAGAAAACUAUUGAGAAAGAGAAUGUUUUGAGUUGCUUUGAAAAUAAUUCUGCAAUUUCAAUUGUCAAAAGAGACCAAGCAAGAAAAUCUAUAGAUGUUGAUAUACCUAAUACAGUGACAUUAAUUAAAAGAAACAACGUCAAUGCACGGAAAGAAUCGACAAGUUCCAAUCACUCAAAAGAAUCUGAUGCCAAGAGUAUAUUUGAGUCCUUGGGAAAAGAUGUUACAUUGACAGAAAUAAGGAAAUCAGUUGACAAACCUACCGCACAAAUAGAUUUACCUCAAUUUGCUACUUUGCAUCCUAAUAAUCCAACUCAGAAUUUAACUGUUGUUGGGGGUUUAGAUUCAAGUCAAGUAUCCAUUACACCUCGUGUGGUAAAUAGUACUGACGUACAAAUAAUUCCUAAACGAAAAACUUCUUUAGAUGUGUUAUUAACAAGGAAAUCUUCAGAAUCAGUCAAUGAGCCCCAUGAAGAGGUAAUGGCGACUUUAGAGAAAAUUAAAUCACCACUACAAAUUAAGUCACCACCCCAUCAAAUUAAAUCUCCACCACCUCAAAUUAAAUCACCGCCACCUCAAAUGAAAUCUUCAGUUGCUACUGUUACACCCUCUCCAGUAGCUGCAAUAUCAGAAGAAAUGCCACCAAUUGAAACAGAAGCGCUUCCUCCACCCCCCGAAAGUGAUAAAAUUAUACCAAAUGAGUUUUCAAUGACUACUGGAGUAAAUACGGAUACCAUAAAAUUAAGUGGCACUGCUACUUUAAUUAAAAAAUCAGAUGAGGAUCAAAUUAAAACAGGUGGUAUUGAGCCAAAAGUGAAAACAGUUAAUGACAUACAUGUAUCAUCUACACAACCUGGACAUUCAAAUGAUACAGUCGAGGAAAUGGCAGUUAUUCAAAAGUGUGAGGAAAAAAAUGUAUCAGAAAAAGAAAAUAUAGAAACUGCAACUGAGAAUAAAACUGUUAGUGAGAGUAAACCCACUGAAGGUCAGGAAGUGGCCAAGCGUGUUAAAAGUCCGGGUAGAACAAGUAAGUCCGCUCGAAAUUCAAUUGAGUCCCUACCAGGUCCAAGUAAUGUCUUACACGAAACUCCAGAGAGUCAGAAGAGAAAGGAGAAUGUGCUGAGAACCUUAGGCUUGUUGACUCAUAAAGCAGCAAAAGAGGCUAAAAUAGAAAAAUUAAAAGAGAAAGAACGUAUUUACGGCUCUAACUUUGGUGGUAUGAUGAGCAAUAAAGGUAAGACCAACAAAUCGGGAUCAGGAGACUACACGGGAACAUUAAAAACUGUUAUAAAGCUUAAUAGAAAUACUGGAGACAAGGAUAAGAAAAAAUAUAGGAGUUCCUUGAAGAUGACCUUCCAAAAGAGCAAACAUAGAUCUGGCAAAACGGCGCCCGAGGGUGCAGAAGCAGCAGACGACGAUGGCGCCUACUACACCAUUGAAAAGCGCGAGGGCGUCGUGGGUGCAACAUCCGAUGGUGGGCACAGAAAAUCACAUUACAGUAAUCGACUUAACAACCAUGACACAGAAGCGGUCCCAGAGCCUGUGGAAGCCAAAGAGACUUUGAACCUGGUGAUCCCUGAGAAGGCGUCAUCGUUCAGCAUCCACCCAGGGAGACUAUGUCAGGACCAGUGUUUCUACUGCGGGGGGAAGUUCGGGCUCUUCGACACACCUUGCCAUAUUGCACAGAUGAAAAGUUCCGAGAGGCAGAAGAAGGUUUUAGACAAUGAAGAGAAACUAACAAUAGACAGUUGCCUGUGUGACGCCUGCUACCGCCACGUGGACCGACGCGCCAACUGCCCCUCAUACCGCAAGCGGCCCAUGGUCAAACAAGCUACAGACUCACCCAUGUUAACCUCGCCGCCAGCCAAUCCACAAAAUGAGAAGCUACUGAGUCCAUCCCUGGAGGACGAAAGCGAAGAAGAUCCGCCCGUGCUACCCCUGACCAAGAGACGGCCAGCCAUCUGUCAUACGGAGGGCUGCACCGCGAUUGCCGACAACUUCAUUAGACGCAAAUGGCUGAUUAAAAUGAGGAGCAGUGUGAACAAAGUGCUGAAGCUGGAGUGCGACUACCCUGGGCUGCACACGAUCCCGUUGUGCUCGACUCACCACCGUGCCCUGGCGCCGCUGCAGGCGUGUGUGCUGUGCCGCCGCCGCAUCACCAAGUUCCACAACGUGCACUUCAUACACCACGGCUACUUGGAGCUGAACCCGUUACUGCAGGAGGCCGGCAUCCCGGUGCAGUUUACGGAACGGCCGCUGCUGUGCAAAAUGUGCCGCGGCUACUGCACGCUGCUGCAGCGCGGUGGCCAGCACGAGCCGCACGCACGCGGAUACCGCCGCAAGUUACUUCAAAUAUACAACAUUGAAGUACCACCAGGAUCUGAAAAUGAAUUCGACGAGGCCAGCAUGCAGGAAGACAGUAACUCGAGCAGCACCAACAAACAAAAGAAAAAACAACGGACCAAAUCUAAACAAAGAAAAUCAACAGAUCCAGAUAAGACUUGCGAUAGUGAAUCUUCAGAACGGACCACUCCCCACGACGAAGGAUCGCCAGAUAAAGAUAAAUCUAUUAAAGAAGAGACCAAUGAAAGCCAAAAAUUAGAACAACCCAUAGAAGAAGACAUAGAAAGUCUUAUUUCAUCAAACAAAAUACUAGUGCCUGGAGCUGUCAAACAAACUGUUGAACCAAACACACAUAGUGAUGGCUCAGAAUCAGAAGCUGUAUUUGACAUGGAGACACCUCUGCCCCCUCUAGAUAAACAAACAGAAUUACAAUAUCUACUCCAAAGACAGAAUAAUCCUGCUCAGUUCUUGCAGAAGACACCGAAUUUGACGCAAAAACAAAGAAAUAUACUAAAGCUACAAACAAUUUCUGGAAUACAGAAACCUGGUCAACAACAUAGGAUAAAUGAUAAAAAUUCAAAAAGAAUACAUAAAUUAGGGAAUAUGAUUACAUAUAAAGAAAAAAUAAGUAGAAAAGACAAUGAAACAGAUGUUUAUGAGUAUGACAAGUCCAGAGAUGGUAUUACCAUACUUAAAAAUAUUACAUUGAAUGAUGAAUGUACUAUUGAAAGUAUACCAAAUAGAAAACCAGCUGAUAUAAAUACUAUGAAAAAUAAGUGGCAGAUGUCAGAAAGUUUCACACAGGUUAAGAAAAAUCUAAGUGAAUUGUCAAAAAAGUUGGGUGGAGAGAAAGAAACGAAAAAACUCACCGAUAUGAAAUACUCCAAUCCUGUUAAAAGACUGGAAACAAACCCAUCCAUAUCUGUUAGAGAAUUAUUCCCUGGCGAGGAGGAAAUGAACUUGCAAUGUAAUAUAGAGUUCAAUAAUGUUAAAGGGGUGACUCCAGAGGGAUGGGAAAAAUGUAACACUGUGAUCCAAUAUGAUUUAGAAACCAAGAGAUUAUGGAAUGAAUUGCAGAGACCUUAUGGUAAUCAGUCCAGUUUCUUGCGGCAUUUGAUAUUAUUAGAGAAAUAUUUUAGGAGUGGGGACUUAGUGCUGACUCACAAUGCAUCACCUCAUGCAGCAAACUAUAAUGACUCUGUACAGAGUAGACUGCGUGCUUACGACAACAUCUGCAAUGAUGCACCCAGACGAAGUGAGCCGGCCAUUAGUUUACUGGAAUACCGCAAAAAACCAUCUAUGAAUGGUAAGAGUUUACUCAAAUCUAACCAACAUUCUGAUGCGGAGAGAGAUCCCAAGAAAUUUAUGCCUCCUCCAGGUAUAUUUCCAAAACCCAAGCCUGUAAAAACGACUGACAAAGCGAAAACUAAACCCUUGCCCCCUGAGUUAAUAGCUAUUAAUACACCAAAUGCACAAGGGAGAAAAGCUAUACAGAAUGUCCUACAUAAUAUACAACAGCUUGUCAAGGAUGUUUCGGCCUCUGACCCAACGGAGGUCGCCGCCGCGCCACUACCCGUACCCAAGUUUGAUCACGCCAAAUUUGAGACACCUAAAGAGAAGAAGCAGGAUGUACAAACACCUAAAGAGAAAAAAGAAAUCUCAAAAAGCGAUACACCUAAACGUCAAAAGACAACUAGCAAACCAUGGAGACCUACUCUAAUGCCCAUCACUCCAGAAAAUAUGGCGAAAAUCGCGCGUGAGCCGACACAGGUCGCCGUUGACGGCCGCCACCUUCACAGUCUCGUUCAAGUUAUGUCCUCCGGGAAAAGGUAUCACAUAACGCUGCAAGACUACAACAAAAUGUGCAUAAUGAGGCGGGAAAAACUACAACAACUACAGGACAGUGAGACAAAGACAAAAAGUCAGUCUAAACAGUCGACCGAAGAAACCAGCGUCGUAACAGAGAUCCAGCCAUCGGCCAUGCUCGGCAACGGCGGCACUGUAGUACAGAAUAUCACUGCAGAGGAGAAAUCUCAAGACAAACCAAAGGAGGUGCCUGAACUAGGCCAGCUGAGCACGAACGCCGCGACGAUUCUAAAGAACGUCGGGCUCAAGAAUAUCACAAUAGCUCCGAUUCCGCCGAAAACGUCGACAGUUACGUCCCAAACGCCUCCGGCGCCAGUGGUGUCGUCGCCGGCGCUGCUAGUUACAGCGGCCUCCAGGGCGGUCGUUCCGAGUCUGGGGCCCGGCCCCAGGGUACAGACCCCAAACGCGGGGGGAGCCUCCAGAGCGCAGACCCCAGGCACUAGCGAGGUACCCCCAAGCCUGCCUAUUAUAUCUACUACGCACAUGAUUAUGCCCAAGAUACCGAAAUCACUAACGGUGAUUCCGCAGACGGUAGCUGUGGCGGCGAGCGGUCCGCAAGCGUCGGCCGAUGGACCGCGCCCAUAACGAAGCCUAAUCUUCGUGGUCGUGUAGCGACGGCCCCACGUGACUACGCCGCCGUAGAUGGCCGUUUGUUUCACUAGCACGUAGGUUCCCAAAGAUGGGUGUUCUUGUAGUUGAUGGAGUAACGAAAGUCCCAGGCAAUUUUA